AUGUUGUCCACUGUACAUUACGCGGAAUUGCUUGCUAUUUUACAAUUACCACAGGAAUUAUGUGAUAAGCAAUGUGGAAGCUCAGCUUAUAUUGUGUUGAGGUAUGAAAAUUCCGUUGAAAGCAAAGCGGAAUCAACCUGUCCUUCUCUGAUACAGACAAUCCCAUGUCAUGACAAACCAGCUCGCUGUAAUCAUAAACUGCAACUACGUCAAUGUCCAGGAGUGAAUGGAAUGUAUUUGCUCAGAAAUCUUUCGAUAACACCAUUAACAAUUGUUAAAGUUGGUUUGAUUACGAGAACGGACAACAUAUGUUACAGACAACUGGAAACGGUAAGAGAAGGUUGGCCGGAACAGUAUCGCAUUUGCGAUAGUGAGUUCAACUUUGUGAUUUCGUCCCAACUCAAUUAUACGGAGUCUGAGACAAAUUCCACGUCCGAGUUGCUGAAACACGUCUGGAUCGAACGAAGAAAUGAAAGUGUAGCACAGUACUGGAGUGAAACUCCAAAUGCACUCCUCUUAAAACUGGAAAAUAUCCCUGGCACACAUUGA